AAUUCCCCGCUUCGAUCCGCAAUUCAGUACACCACUUCCUUCUCCUCUUUCCUUUUGCCGUUUCUUCUGCUCCUCCGCCGUCCGGCCAUGGCGGACAGAGUCCACCCCAACGCCGCCGCCAAAGCCAAUUCCAACGCCAACGACAACAUCAACCCCACCGCCAACGCGCCGCCCUUCCCUUCCACCAAAUCCCAACUCUACGGCGCCUCCCGCCCAAACUACCGCCCUCAGCCCCAAAAUCGCCGACGCUGCUCCUGCUGCUCCGUCUGCAUCUGGCUGACGGCGAUCGUCGCCUCCCUCCUCAUCCUCCUCGCCGUCGCCUCCACCGUCGUUUACCUAAUUUACCGUCCGCAUCGCCCCUCUUUCUCCGUCACCGCCCUCAAAAUCGAUUCCUUCAAAUUCGCGCCCUCUUCUCAACUGAUUUCCAAAUUCGAUCUCAAUCUCGCCGCCACAAACCCUAACAAGAAGGUCAAGUUCAUCUACGGUCCAAUCUCCGUCGCCGUCCUGUCCAACGGCGUCAAUGUCGGCGRCGGAUCGUUCCCGGAGUUCGUGCACGAGAAGAGAAACACCACUGCGAUGAAGGUGACCGCGGCGGCGAGCGGCGGCGGAGAGAUCGAUGGCGAGUCYGUUGGUUCGCUGAAGGCUGCGAUUAAGAGCAAAACAGGGCUGCCGUUGGAGAUUAAGCUGGAGACGAAAGUGAAGGUGAAAAUGGGAUGGCUGAAGACGCCGAAGGUUGGACUUAGGGUUUUUUGCGACGGAAUUGCGGCAGGGGUUCCGGCGGCGGGGAAGAAGAAGGCGGCGGUUGCGGCGGCGGUUGAGAAUGCAGAGUGUAAGGUGGAUUUCAGAGUGAAGAUCUGGAAAUGGAUCGUUUGAACUGAUGCAAGAGAGGGAAUUUGAAGUCUCUUGUUUUUAUAUUGUAUUUUUUUUUCCUUUUUUAAUUCUUCUUAUUUUCUUCUGUUUUGUUUUAUUUUGAUUUUUUUUA